AUGUACACAUACGAAGACUUUGAAAUUAUUUUAACAUCACCUGUAAACAACUACCACAAAAAAUUAAGUCAUACAAUUAAAAAAAACAAAAUAACAUUAAAUAAUAAAGAAUUUGAUAUCAUUGAAAAUAAUUCUAUAAAAUAUAUAAAAUCAAGUGAUAAAGAAGAAAUAAUUGGGCAUUACCAUAUAAAUAAUAAUAAACAUUUAAAUUAUAAAAAUACUAGAAAACGUAUAGUAGAUGAUCAAAUUCUAAUAAAAUCAACAGAAAUUAAAAGUUACAUUUUAAAAUGUGGAUGCAACCCCUGCAACAAAGAAAACGAUAAUGAAAUUAGUAUUAAUAGAGACGUAAAAGAGAAUAUAGGUCCAAUAAAAUUAUUUAAAGAAACAAAUCUUACAAAUUGUAAUAAUAAUAAUAAUAAUAUUACUACUCUACAACCUAAUAUUGAAAUUAUAUCAAGUUACAAUGAAAAUGAAGAAACAUACGAAGAAGAAACAAAUAAAAAAAGAAAAUUAAAUUUUGAAAAUUGUUCAACAUAUUCCACACAAUUUACUUUAGGUUCAAAAAAAGUUUUAGUUAUUUCAACUACUAAAGAAAAUAUAAAUAAUUUAGAUAAUAAAGAGUCUAUUGUAGAAAAUUCAUUUUUUAUUUUUGAUAGUUGCCAAAUAGAAAAUAAUGAAAUAAAUAACUAUAAAGAAAUAAUAUUAUCAAAAGUUAGCCAAGACCCAAUGUUUAUUAAAUAUUUAAACAUGUAUAAAUAA